AUGCUUCGAUUUUUUCAUUAUGAAAAAGAAAUCGAUCAAAUAAAAUUAUUACCUUGGAAUAUUUCUCCAACGUCUAAUAGUAUAACAACUUCAGAAUUUAAUAUAGAUUAUCCAUAUUCAUCAAUAGUAUUAAUGAACGAUGGUUCAUUACUUAUAUCAAAUAAUAUACAAAAUUUAAUUCAACUUAUUCUUAACGAUCAAUCGAAUGAUAUUGAUGAUUGCUAUAUUCGAUUAUCAUCAUUACAUAAUAAGAAUGCUUUAUUACCGUUUGUUAAAGAAAUUGCUAUGUAUUUUGAUAAUUCGAAGAUAUCACAUUUAUCUACUCGUCAAUAUUCAACUACUGAUACUAUAUUUCAAGAAAUAUGUGCAUCAUUGAAUGCGAUCACUCAACUUGAACAUAUAUCAUUAGUAUUGCAAGAAAAGAAAGGAGCUUGUCUUUCUGAUGCAGAUGCUCAAACGUAUUUUCAUUUAGUAGAUGGAUAUAUAUCUAAUAUGACAAAUCAUUAUAAACUUAUAUCUAUUGAAGAAAAUGGAUAUGAAGUUAAAAAUCGAUUUUUUUCAUUGGCAACUUCUAAUGGACGAACAUUGGGAUCAAUAAAUUUAUCUUUAAUAUCGACAUUAAAUCAUUUAAUAGUUUCUUUUCGAUCGAUGCCAAAUGUAAACUUAACAUUAGAUAUUAAAGACUCAACGAUAGAUAAAUUGCAAGUUCAAACUUUAGAAUUACCAUGUGUACCAUCGACAUCAAAGUCAAUUGAUAUUCUUGAUCUUAAUCAAUUAAAAAUACUUGAUAUUGGUUAUGUAUAUGUAAAUGACAGAAUAGAAUUAACACGACUUGAUCAAAUUCUUUUUUCUCAUCGUCAGAAAUCUCUUCGAGAUUUAACUAUUAGUUUAAGUGAAUGA